CCACUCCUGCCCCAGGCAUGGCUCCGCACCAGGAUGCUGCUGGUGGCACUGGGGUGUUGGGGGGCACCAAGAUGGGGGCUUGCACCCGAGUCUUCCUCCUCCUCUUCCUCUUCCUCCUCUGCGGGGUUGCAGCGGGCACUAUCACGAGCACUGUGAGUACUGCAGUAAACGCGUCCCCUGAGGAACCCACAUCAGCUGCAACAACCACGAGCCUCAGCACUACUUCCACCACCAUGGUCCCGACCACCACCAGCAUGAGCCCAACCACCAGCAUCACCUCAAGCCCGCCCACCACCUUGAGCCCGAACACCACCUUGAGCCCAAACACCACCUUGAGCCCGAACACCACCUCGAGCCCGAACACCACCUCAAGCCCGAACACCACCACCACCAUGAGGCCAACCACUACCACCACCACCACCACAACCACCACCACAACCACAAGCCCAACCACCACCACCACCCCAGGGGUCUGUGAAAAUGGAGGCACUUGGGUCAACGGCCAAUGCGUGUGUCCCCCGGGAUACACGGGCACCACCUGCGGUUCCGUCGAGAGCAGCAUCGAGACCAAAGCUGAAACCAACGUGUCGGUGAGCGUGAAGCUGCGGGUCACCAACCAGGAGUUCACCGACGACCUCCGAAACGAAAGCUCUGAAGUCUACAAGAGCUUCGUCCUCAGCUUCACCCUGCAGAUGGAAAUCGUCUACCGCAACAUUGAAGGCUACCAGGGCAUCAAGAUCCUGAGUCUGUCACCGGGCAGCAUCGUGGUGAAUCACACCGUCAUCGUUGCUGUGCUGGUGACCGCCGAUACCACGGAGAAGAUCGGUAACAUCACCAAGAAGGUGCAGGAGGAGAUCGUCCAAGCAGCGACCCAGCAGGGAGACUGCACUGAUAACAGCACCUUCUGCUUCAACGCCUCCGAAGUGACGAUCACCCAACCCUCGUACGAGUUCAAUGCAACAGCGUAUUGCCGCCAGAUCGCACCCAGUGGCUUUGAGAACUUCUACUACCCCAACACCACCAAAAGCGGCCUCACCUGCGUGUCCAACUGCUCGGCCAACACUGCCAGUGCCAUGGACUGCAACGAGGGGCAGUGCCAGCUCACCCCGACUGGCCCCCAGUGCUUCUGCCGUGAGACCAACAUCUACUGGUACCUGGAUAAUCGGUGCAAGAGCCGGGUCAGCAAGAUAACUGUGGGCCUGGGCGUGGCUGUGGCAGUCUUGUGCUUGGUCAUCCUCGUCCUCGCCAUCCUUCUCUGCAUAGCCAAGAGGCCAAAGUCAUCUGAGAGUGCCAGCGACCUGAAGGAGCACAAGGAGAACUGGUAUGAGGAAAUGAAUGAAGACUGGACCCCCGCCCAGGUUGCUUCGUCAUCCAAAAUGAAGGUCCAAAUGCAGAGCCCAGAGAGGAUCGCCACACAGCUCUGAGCAGGGAGGGGGGGACACCAGGAGGCUGCCCCCACCCAGGACACGCACAGCACUGUGGGAUACCUCCCCUGCUUCUGGGGGGGGUCGUGACCCUCCCUUUUAGGGCCAUGACCCCCACCCUUCCUGUAGCACUUCAUUUGGCCCCCACCUCUGCUAGCACAAACUGGUCCUGGCCCUGCUCUCCUGGUGAUGACCAUACUUUGGGGGCUGUGAUGUCAUUUCCGGGGUCCCCCCCCAGGUCACUUUAAGGAUCAGGACACCCCCCCUCCUCCUGCACAGGGAUGGACCCCCCCCAAUUCCAAAUAAAAAAACUAUCAAGUCA